UUGUCUAUGGUGAAACAACAAGGCAAAAACCUCAAACCACAAACACAACUCGUGUACGGCUCUCAUAGUAUGGGACCAUCUUCAAUAAAACAACCCCAAUAACCAUAAGAGAAAAAAAAAAAACAACCUUUUUUAUUUGGUUGACAAGUAUCAUCUAUCUUGAUCUGGCCUUGCCUUUGUUGAGUGCAGUUUUUUUGUCUCAAUGCUUCAUUCCCAAAUGAAAUUUUGACCCUUUUGCACAGUCCAUUCUGUCGAACAACACAGCAAGAGAAAAAUCAAAUUUUUUUCCCUCUCGCUGCUUUCUAUUCUAUAUAAGGUCAUAUCCCAGGAAUUGACCAGAUGGAGAAUGAGGCACAUAGCAUGUCAUCUGAUAUAGGAAUAGGUGUGAAUGAGAAGAUGGUUGAGGCACUUGAGUCAAGUGACAACAUCCCACUGUUGCUCACCAAUUCUGGCUCUCUCAAAAGGACAGGGACGGUGUGGACAGCAGUGGCACACAUAGUGACUGGGGUGAUAGGAUCCGGAGUGCUGUCUCUGCCGUGGAGCACUGCACAGCUUGGUUGGCUUGCAGGACCACUCUCAGUCAUUCUCAUUGCUUCCAUCACUCUGUUCUCUUCUUUUCUUCUAUGCAACACUUAUCGCCAUCCCCAUCCUGAACAUGGCCCAAAUAGGAGUGCUUCCUACCUUGAUGUUGUCCAUCUGCAUUUAGGAAUAAGUAAUGGGCGGCUCAGUGGUCUUCUUGUGAAUAUAAGUUUGUAUGGUUUUGCAAUCGCCUUCGUCAUUACAACAGCUAUCAGCUUAAGAACAAUACAACAUUCAUUUUGUUACCACAACGAAGGGAGUGAAGCAUCAUGUGAAUUUGCAGAUGCAUAUUACAUGCUGCUUUUUGGCGUUAUCCAAAUUAUUCUCUCACAGAUACCCAACUUCCAUAACAUUGAAUGGUUGUCGGUUGUUGCUGCAAUUAUGUCCUUUACUUAUUCUUUCAUAGGAAUGGGGCUUUCCAUUGCACAAAUCAUAGACAAAGGACAUGCUGAGGGUAGCAUUGGAGGAAUCAGUACCUCCAGUGGAACUGAAAAGUUAUGGCUGGUUUCUCAAGCACUUGGUGACAUAUCAUUCUCAUUUCCGUUCUCAACAAUUAUUAUGGAAAUACAGGAUACUUUGAAAUCACCUCCACCUGAAAACCAAACCAUGAAGAAGGCCUCAGUAAUUGCGGUCACUGUCACAACAUUUAUGUACCUCAGUUGUGGAGGUGCUGGAUAUGCUGCCUUUGGUGAUAAUACACCAGGAAACCUUUUAACAGGGUUUGAAUCCUCUAAGUCGUCUUACUGGCUUGUGAACUUUGCUAACGUUUGUAUAGUGGUUCACCUAGUUGGUUCAUAUCAGGUGUAUAGCCAGCCACUUUUUGCCACUGUUGAGAGUUGGUUCCGUUUUAAUUUCCCGGAUAGUGAAUUUAUGAAUCACACAUAUAUCUUGAAACUCCCGUUGCUACCAGCCUUUGAACUUAAUUUUCUCAGCCUGACUUUCAGAACUGCUUAUGUUGCAUCCACAGUUGUGAUUGCAAUGGUCUUUCCCUACUUCAACCAGAUUUUGGGGGUUCUGGGUAGCAUGAUUUUUUGGCCAUUGACCAUAUAUUUUCCUGUGGAAAUAUAUUUGAAUCAAUCCUCUACUGUACCAUGGACGACUAAGUGGGUCCUGCUUCGAACUUUCAGCAUUGUUGGCUUUGUUUUUGGAUUGUUCACUCUCACUGGAUGUAUUAAAGGAAUAGUAGCUCAAAAAAUUGGCUGAGAAGCUUUCAGACCUAUCCAGGUAUUGGGGCUAAGAAAGUAGUUUCUUUUGUACUUUGAAGGCCCCAAAAUGAUUCAUUCACACAGUUAGUGUCUUGGAACCAUGAAAUGAAGAUUGGACAACUUGUACUUUUUUUUCUCUCGGUAAAUUAGACUUGAAACAUGUAUUUGAGAUCUGAACUGUCCUGUCUUUAUUCAUCAACAAUGCAUUGACUGUAAAAUGCAAAGAGUAGAGAGGACUGCACUGAAUCUGGUUGGACAAUAAACAUGCAGAUUCUCUGAUAUUUUCAAAAUUGGUCACCUUUUGGUAUAAAAAAAUAAUAAUGUUAGGAACGUUGAUGAAUGCAAACGUUGCAGUUCAGGAA